CGGUCUUUAAUAGUCUCUCGUCGGUGGUUGCGCUAACAACUGCAUAAACGAGUGCACCCUCUGCUGUCCUCUGCUUCAUGAGAUCACGUGAGAUCUUCAAGAUCAAGAAGUUAACCUCUUGUUUACUUGAAAAGUUGAGUUAUAUACAAUAAAUUUCUUAACGGUGUUUAUUGUUACUGAUAAUUGAUAAGAAACAUCAAAUAUGGCUACGAAAAAGAUCAAUGGAUUGUAUGCGCCUUUUAAUAAAAUGUACAAAAAUAUAUUCAUGAAAGAUGCAAUGAUGCAACGCACAUAUGCGACUAUAAACGAAGGUGAUACUGAAGUUAUUCAUACUGGUCAGGUAUUUGAGAAGGAUGACUAUCGAUUGGUAAGAUUUUUAAAUAGGCCUAAGGAAGUUAAUAAAAAUUGGGCGAUUAAAUUGAUAGAUGAAAUACCACCGUCUCCUAAAAAAGAUAGAAUCGUAGCUUGUGACGGCGGCGGCGGUCCCCUUGGACAUCCAAAAGUGUAUAUAAAUCUCGAUAAACCAGGCAAUCAUAUCUGCGGUUACUGCGGCCUGCGUUUUUAUAAGGAGAAUCAUCAUUAAAUGAUCGUGUAUGAGUAAUAAUAUUAAUUAUUAAUUUGUAGAUAUACUUUAGAAUGUAAUAUGUUUAUUGUAAUAAAUAUAUAAAAUAAAAUACAACACAAGUUA